AUCUCAUGGCACAGGGCAUGCCAUAUGCAGAUCUGACUGUAGGCCAGUUUCACCCUGUUGGAAUAUUCUGGAAGACCUCUUUUCUUUUUUUCUACUGCAAUCCUAUUGGCUCAAAGACAUCCGGAAGGUUUUGACUCGCCGGCAUUUUACUGUCCUCAUUCAGUCUGCAGCAGAAAGAGUGAGCAUCACCUGACAAACCUUCCUUCAGAAAAGCCAUGUCCAAGGGAACGGCAGUCGGGAUCGAUCUCGGGACCACCUACUCCUGUGUAGGUGUGUUCCAGCAUGGCAAAGUGGAGAUCAUUGCCAACGACCAGGGCAACAGGACCACUCCCAGCUACGUGGCCUUUACCGAUUCUGAGAGGCUCAUCGGAGAUGCUGCCAAGAAUCAGGUUGCCAUGAACCCAACAAACACAGUCUUCGAUGCCAAGCGGUUGAUCGGGAGGCGAUUUGAGGACACUGUGGUGCAGUCUGAUAUGAAACACUGGCCAUUCAAUGUCAUCAGCGAUAGUGGACGCCCAAAAGUAGAGGUUGAUUACAAGGGGGAGACCAAAAGCUUUUACCCCGAGGAGAUCUCAUCCAUGGUGUUAGUGAAAAUGAAGGAGAUCGCUGAGGCUUAUCUUGGAAAGACUGUGUCCAAUGCCGUCGUCACAGUACCCGCGUACUUCAAUGACUCUCAGCGUCAAGCAACCAAAGACGCCGGAACCAUCUCUGGUUUAAACGUACUGCGAAUCAUUAAUGAGCCCACUGCAGCUGCUAUUGCAUAUGGUCUGGACAAGAAGGUUGGGUCAGAGAGGAACGUCCUCAUCUUCGAUCUCGGUGGCGGUACCUUCGACGUGUCCAUCUUGACCAUUGAAGAUGGUAUCUUUGAGGUCAAGUCCACCGCUGGUGACACUCAUCUUGGUGGGGAAGAUUUCGACAACCGCAUGGUGAACCACUUCAUCGCAGAGUUCAAGCGCAAGUACAAGAAGGACAUCAGUGACAACAAGAGGGCUGUCCGUCGUCUGCGCACCGCUUGCGAGAGGGCAAAGCGCACGCUCUCCUCCAGCACCCAGGCCAGCAUCGAGAUCGACUCCCUGUACGAGGGAGUCGACUUCUACACCUCCAUCACCAGGGCCCGCUUUGAGGAGCUCAAUGCUGACCUCUUCCGUGGCACCCUGGACCCAGUCGAGAAGUCUCUCCGUGACGCCAAGAUGGACAAGGCUCAGGUCCAUGACAUCGUCCUGGUUGGUGGUUCCACUCGUAUCCCAAAGAUCCAGAAGCUGCUGCAAGACUUUUUCAAUGGCAAGGAGCUCAACAAGAGCAUCAACCCUGAUGAAGCUGUGGCCUAUGGCGCUGCUGUGCAGGCGGCCAUCCUCUCUGGGGAUAAGUCUGAGAAUGUCCAGGAUCUGCUCCUUCUCGACGUUACUCCUCUGUCUCUGGGUAUUGAGACCGCUGGCGGUGUCAUGACUGUCCUGAUCAAGCGUAACACCACCAUCCCCACCAAGCAGACUCAGACCUUCACCACAUACUCUGACAACCAGCCCGGUGUGCUCAUCCAGGUCUACGAAGGUGAGCGUGCCAUGACCAAGGACAACAACCUUCUGGGCAAGUUUGAGCUGACGGGCAUCCCUCCCGCUCCUCGUGGUGUUCCUCAGAUCGAGGUCACGUUUGACAUUGAUGCCAACGGCAUCCUCAAUGUUUCGGCCGUCGACAAGAGCACCGGCAAGGAAAACAAGAUCACCAUCACCAACGACAAAGGUCGCCUGAGCAAGGAAGACAUUGAGCGCAUGGUGCAGGAGGCUGAGAAAUACAAAAACGAAGAUGAUGUCCAGCGUGACAAGGUCUCCUCCAAGAACUCUCUGGAGUCGUACGCCUUCAACAUGAAGUCCACCGUGGAGGAUGAGAAGCUUGCGGGCAAGAUCAGCGAUGAGGACAAGCAGAAGAUCAUGGACAAAUGUAAUGAAAUCAUUGGCUGGCUUGACAAGAACCAGACGGCCGAGAAGGAAGAGUAUGAGCACCAGCAACAGGAGCUGGAGAAGGUCUGCAACCCCAUCAUCACCAAGCUGUACCAGAGUGCUGGGGGUAUGCCCGGAGCAUGCCCGGUGGUAUGCCUGGUGGGAUGCCCGGUGGAAUGCCAGGAGGCUUCCCAGGUGCUGGUGGCGCCCCCUCUGGUGGUGGAUCCUCUGGCCCGACUAUUGAGGAAGUCGAUUAAAUACAGUAUCUGUACCUAACUUUGCUUCCCUAUGGCAGUGGUUCCCAGUGUCGUCCGUCUGUCCGUCCAUCCCCCCCCCCCCUCACAUAUGAUGGUAAACACAUCAAAUGACUUUCCUACCCCUUAGGAGUUUGUGAUGCAGAAGAUGUUUACAAAGUGAAGUAAUGAACCACAGUAUGCUGCUAUUCUACUGUAUAUUUUGGAUGGACAUUUAUUUAUUUAUAUACAUUUACAAUUAUGAUUUGACAAAUCAAAAAGGCUGCACUAGCUCAAGGUCACGCACGCAGAGGUUCAACCCUUUCCCUCGGCCCCAGAUUGGGAACCACUGCCCUCAAGUAACCAAAGCAUGAACCCUACCCCCCUAACCCUGUCUGCAAGCCAAGGCUGGUCACUGGCUAAUCAUGAGGAACUGGAUAUAGUUGGUAUGUUUGAAUAUCUCAUGAUGGAACCGUUUCCUGUAUAGUUUGAGUGCUGAUGAGUAAAAGCAUUACUGUAUCACAAGUA